GGGUGUGUCACAUGGCCGGUCCGCCCGGAAGAGGAGGCAUCAUGGAGGGCUCCCCGAGCAGCAGAGACCUCACAGAUGUGUCCAGAUGUUUGGUGACGGGAUCACGUCCCAGCCAGAGUGCUGCGGAUGUGGCCGGCCUGCUGUUCUCCGGGGUGCGUGGACUCGUCCCACGGCCUCCCUCUGAGAGUGGAGAUCUGACCUGCAUCAGUCUGACUCUGGUGGACAGGAUCACAUCCGACCUGACGUCCCGGAGCCUGUCUCCAGCACUCACGCCGUACUGCGGGGACAUCUUGACGGGGUUGUUUCAAGACAUGGAUCUCAUGUCACAACUUAUCCACCAGUUCCAGGCUGAGGACCAGAUCAUCUCACAUCUAGCUGCAAAGACUGCAUCAACGUGUGUCUUCUAUCAGCUCCACCAAUCUGGUACCAUCAGCCCUGUCUGGCAGCAGAAGUGUGUGCAGGCAUUUCACAGCUCAACCCCCGGCCCUGAACUGGACGCCUGUCUGUGGUCGCUGACGGAAGUCUUAAAAAGACUUCUUAAAGGAGCUCAUCGAGACGUCGUUGGGACCCUCCUGGCAGCUCUGGAUUCCAGCCUGAGUGCUUUAUGUUCAAAGUUUCUCCCCGAAGACAGAAAAGAGGGAACGGUGGAGCGUUUAGCGGACGUGACCAGCAGCAGCAGCAGACGCCGGGGAACAACACUGUGCCUCCUGCUGGACCUGCUGGAGGUGCUGACUGCGUCCAGUUUGAUAUGUGGAGCCGGCGUCUGCCUGAGGAGCCAGAGAAUGACCCACAUUCACUCCUCGGCACUCCUCACGGCAGUCAGCUGCUCCUCACAGUAUUUUGUGAAAAAGCGAGCGCUGCUGCUUCUGAAGAGAGCCGUGCUGCAGAAGGCCGGAGAGGACUGGGCUUUGGGGGAAGAUCCGCCGCCCACUGGGCUGAGACACGAGCACUUCCGCUCUGAUGCGAACAUGCUGGCUCGGAGUGUGUUGACGGCGGUGGCUGCUGAUUGGUUGCGGAGUGUCCAAGUGAAGUCCGCCUCUUUCUUUGGCGGGACCAGACAGGUCAGAGGUGAGGAAGCCCCGAAACCAGACUGUGUGAUGCUGAGAGCCGUCAGCCUGCUUCUUCUCAAGUCCAUGGAGCUUUGCGUCCAAACGGCUGGGGCAACAGGAGUGGACGGAGCCUCAGAGGUCUCUGGGUGUCUGCAGAGUCUGUGGGUCUUCCUGAGGCGCUGCAGCAUCCAGCUGACAGAGGACACUCACCGCUGCUGCUGGCUCAGCCUGCUGUUUGGUGACCAGGACGACGACAUGAUGGAGGCAGCCAAAGCGUUGUUUUCCAUAUUCCUCCACCACAGACUGUGCUCUGGGCUGGAUGACGUAGCCGUGCUGGAGGCAGCCUGCUCCUCUGGCUGUAACCCUCACUGCCACUUCCUGCUGCUGCUUCAGAGCGUCUCCUUCGACCACAGCAUCCUCCUCGACUUCCUCAUCUCCACCGAAACCUGCUUCCUGGAGUACUUUGUGCGGUACCUCAAGUACCUGAGAGCUGACUGGACGGGCUUCACCGCAGCAUGUGGAAGGAGCGGCUCAUCCGACUGGCGCCUUUCACUGCAGCAGUCGCAUACUGCCUCAGGCGGUGGCGACAGGUUGGAGGUGACGUGGAAAGGGGAGCAGGAUGGAGCAGAAGUCAGCUCCCGUGUCCAGCCCGCAGGCGUUACCGUCCGUUUGGCUGCUGGGUGUCACCUCGUCGAGUACGAUAGUUCUGACCAGUCUGAUCCGGAGAACAUGGAGGUUUCUCUGGAGGAACCAGGCCCGUCCGUACGUGAGAAAAGUAGAUUUAGUGCCUUGGAUGUGAAACAAGAGAUCGUUGGGCAAAAACAAUGCGAGUCAUCGGACUCUGAACCUAACUCCACACUGGAAAGAAGACAGGAGGAGGGGCCGUCGCUGCCGUCGGGACGGGCGGCCUGUGAAACACUAGCCAGAGCAGUGCUCUGCAUGUCGGAGCUCAGGGAGGUGGUGACCAGGCUGCAGACAAAGAAACUCUUCCCGUACAACCCUUCCUCGCUCUUAAAGCUCCUGGCGCAAGUAGAGAACUGCGCCUAGCCAAUCACGGCUGUUACAUUUCAAUAAAUGAUAAAAAGAUACAGAAAAAUGUGUUUUGUGAAGCUAAAUCUGAGUGGUCCAGUGACUUUACAGCAUGGCCAGGCUCUUUUCUUGUCCUUGGAAGGGGAAAUUCACUGUUUUUUUUUUGGUUUUUUUUUACACACACGCACACGCCCAAAAUACACACAAACAGGAUCUAUACACAUAUAAAUAAAGUUACUUACUGUGACAUAUCUGUGAUAUGACACAAUAUGACCUCUUCUCUUUAAGUGCAUGCUGGGACAGGAUCCAGCCACAGUAAACACUAAUAGGAGUAAGUGGGUAAAUGGAAUGAAAAUGAUUAGUCAAUUAUGUUCUAUAUGUGUUUCUUAAUGGACAUUAAUGAAUAUUCAAAGAUGAACACCGACUUGUUGUUGGAGCAUACUUGUAUCUUGUUGACUGUCAAA